AGGAGGAGGAGGAGGAGCAGCAGGAGGAGGAGGAGGAGGAGGAGGAAGAAGGGCGGAUGGAGUGGCCCGUCAGCGAUCCUGAGUGUCAACUCAACUGCCCUCAUGAGCACCAUGAACCACACAAACAAGGAUCUCAUGGCAACAGCAGAGAGGAACUGUACAACAACUCAGAUCAAGCCGCAAGCCCCGCUGAACAUCACAGUGACCUUGCUUUCAUGCAAGACUACAGCAACUGGGAUAUUGUAAAAGCCACACAAUAUGGAAUAAUUGACAGAUGUAAAGAGCUAAUAGAAGCUGGUUAUGAUGUCCGACAGCCUGACAAAGAGAAUGUGACUUUGCUUCACUGGGCAGCCAUCAAUAACCGAAUAGAGCUUGUUAAAUACUAUGUUUCAAAAGGCGCCAUUGUGGACCAGCUGGGUGGAGAUUUAAAUUCAACACCUCUUCAUUGGGCCACCAGGCAAGGCCACUUGUCUAUGGUUGUGUUACUAUUGAAAUGUGGAGCAGAUCCCUCUCUGGUUGAUCGGGAAGGAUUCACCUGUCUUCACCUUGCAGUUCAGUUUCAGCAUAUGCCUAUUGUAGCAUACCUUGUGGCAAAAGGUCAGGAUGUAGAUACACCUGAUAUGAAUGGACAAACGCCGUUAAUGAUGGGAGCAAGCAGAAUAAUUGGGCCUGAACCAACCAGAUUCCUUAUAAAAUUAAACGCUUCAGUAAAUGCUGUUGAUAAAGUACACAGAAACACACCACUGCACUGGGCAGUAAUAUCGGGAAAUGUGGCUGCAUUGAAUGUACUACUGGAUGCUGGCGCUAAUGUCGAAGUUAAAAAUGCAAUGGGAGAAACUCCCCUGGGGUUAGCCCAACAGAACCGAAAUCCUUGGAUAAUACAUUGUCUGCUUGACGCAAAUGUUGAUAAAAGUAGAGGCCAUUUUAUGCUGAAGGUUCUGAAGAGUUUUGAAAAAUACAAGCUUCUCCUGUUGUUUUUGAUGGCAGUGGCAGUGAUAUGGGUGACAGGCUACAUAGCAGAUCUGGAAUCUGACUCCUGGCUUCUGAAAGGCAUAUUAUUCGUUUCUACCUGGCUCAUAAUACAGCUGAUAGUAAGGCGUUUUGUAAGUAUGCAGACAUAUAGCAGCAUUCCAUUGGUGUUUCUGGCAGCAUCGCUUUUUUGGAUGGUUGUCACCUGGUUCAUCCGCUUCUUGCCCGAUAUGCCUGAUUCAGGAUUUCAGAUUCCAUUUGCCCUCAGCAUUACAGGCUGCAUCUAUUACUUUUAUAAAACCUGGACAGUAGGCCCUGGAUACCUCCAGGUUCCAGAGCAAGAGAAAAACAGGACUGUCGUGGCACUUGCAGAAGCCGAUUGCUUGGAUCCAAGGGUCUUCUGUACUAGGUGUCUUAUCCGCAAGCCCCUUCGAUCCAAACACUGUGUUGUUUGUGACCUUUGUGUAGCCAAGUAUGAUCACCACUGCCUGUGGAUUGCAAGUUGCAUUGGUGCAUGGAAUCAACGGUAUUUUGUUAGCUUCCUGUUUUUCCUGUUUACAGUAGCUGUCUGGAUGGUUUAUGGAACUAUUAUGCACUGGUCCUUGCAUUGUGUAACUAGUUAUGAGAAGGAUGGACUAUGGAUAUUCCUGACCCAAAUAAUUUCAUGUUCUCCAUGGAUAGUUUGGAUUUUUCUACUUGUGGUGUUCCAUUCUUCAUGGGUGACAUUCCUCUUACUAAACCAGCUCUAUCAGAUUUUCUACUUGGGUCUGACAACCAGUGAAAGGAUCAGUUUGAUCAAACAUGCACGUACUGGUCGUUCUCUUGGACUUCAGCAAAACCCGUUUAAUCAUGGCUGCUGCCAGAAUCUGGUGGACUUCUUCCAGUGCCGCUGCUUUGGUCUGUUUAAGCCGAAUCAAAUUGACUGGACUCGACAGUACAGCAUGGGUUUUGAGCAGCCAAGAGCAAACGAAUUUCAGUUUGUAUGAGAAAUGUGAAAAUUGCAAUUUUAAUAUUGAAUUGAUAUGUAUAAAGUUUUUGUUUUGUGGUGGACAAUAAAAACAGAGAACUGUAUUUCCUAUUGUAGAUUUUCUGGAGCAUCUCAGGUGUUACGUGAUUUCAGUACCUUGAAUUGUGAUAUUUUUAAAUAUUUAAGUCAUGUACUUGACCUCAUUGCUGAGCUGAAUGGGAUAUGUUUGAUGGUAAAGACAUUGUUAUUUCAUGAAUGUUUCAAUUUGACCAUUGUUUAAAAUAAAAUUGAUACUUUAAAUUAUUAUAAAAUUAUAUACUUUUUUUAAACUGUUCAUUUUACAAUGUUUGUAGUUUCUCGCUAGGGACAAAACGGCUGCUUUAAUUCCAAAGCUUGUUCAGCUUUAUCUGUGAUUUGGGUUACCAGCUCAGGUUGGACAUAUUUCUUGAGGUUUCAUCUCACAACCUGUAGUCAACCUUCAUCCUGUCCAGUCAAGCCACCUUUUACCCCAUUUUGGAUUUUAUAUUUUAGACCAAGCUAAUGUGUUCGAAGACAUUGAAAAACCGCUCCUUUUAAUGUCCCUGUUAUUUUUCUCCCGAUUUGCUCACAGCAGUGUCCAGCUGAUAAGUCUUCAAUUUCUAGAUUCUCCAGGGAAAUCCUGGAGUGUUGGUUAAAUACUCUAAAUGAGUCCAUUUGAGUUGAUUUAUAUCUGUUGGUCCCUGUCAUCAUUUAACUUGUUUAACAAAGGCAUGUUUUUAACUGUAAUUGCCCAUACUUCUGUAACCUGUUAUUCUACUUCAUGACAACUAGCACCCUUAAAUUUGCUUGAGAACCUACUCUGCUCCUUCUGUCAUAUGUUCAAGCAUAGAAUGAGUUAAGUGUCAGAUUGACUCUGAUAACCUAAGUAUUUGGGUUACUAGUUGUAAAGUUGAUUUAUUUUAAUAAACAAAGGAAAUAACCUUUACAGGAGAGAUACAAAAUAUAGCAUGUUAUUUGAAAUUAAUACAUUUGGUCAUUACGAUCUUAUGAACCAUUUGGGAUUUUUUUCUUUUUGCUAGUAAACUAUGCAUUAGAGCAACUUUUUAUUUGAAAAAAGUCAUACAGAUCUGGAACUACAGGUAAAGUAAGAGAUCUGGAACCACAGGCAAAGUAAGAAAUCAACAACAACUUCCAUUUAUAUAGUAAAUAUAUAUAUUGCACACACAACUUCCCAAGGCACUUCACGAGAGCGUUAUCAGGCAAAAUUUGACACUGAGCCACAUGAGAUUUUAGGGUAGGUUUUAAUCAGGUGAGAAAGGCUGAGAGAUUUAGGGUACGAAUUCCAGAUCUUUGAGCCCAGUCAGCUGAAAGCACAGCUACCAGUGAUGGAGCAAUAACAAUUGGGGAUGCACAAGAGGCCAGAGGGUUGUAGGGCUGGAUGGGGUUAGAGAUUUUGCAAGAUGUCAGACUUAUUUUGCAUAAUUGAAAACAUAUUAAAGCAAAUGUCUGGAAUAGAAUCCAUCCUAAAACUGAGCACCUCACUUUAAAUUAUAGGUAAAUAUCUGUUGGCUAUGCAAAAGCUGAGUCUAAUUGGUGUAAUCAGGCAUGACUCAUAUUUCUUAAUUUAAAUGUAAUUGCUAUCUGCAAAGACUUAAUAGUGUCUGGACCAACUGCUGUGCGAAUGACUGCACUUCAAAGAUGCAGAUUCUGUACUCAAAUUAUUUUAUAUUUACUUGAAAUCAUCUACAUGGCUGUGACAGCAUUGCACUUAUGAGAUGUUAUAAAACUGACCAUGAACUUUCAAGCAUUUAAAGCACUGUAAAGUAAAGCUUUAAGAAUGAUUUUCUGUCAAUUUAUAAUGAAUAAAAUAAUCUAGAACUAGAUUGAUGUAGGCAAUUUUAGAAUGUUUCAUAAUUUGUGUAUAAAAAUUUUAAAAUGCAAUAAAUGUAAUCUUAAUGGUUAAUUUGUUUUUUGAUUUUUACAAACUGUAGCUGUGUAGUGGUGGUAAUGUUUUAAAACAAAAAUAAAUGCUAAUAAAUGCU